UCCGUUUCCAUCAACAACUCCACCUCCCCCCUCCUCCUCCUCCUUCCCCAAUUGUCCAAACCAGAAAAUGUAACUGCACCCAAAAACCCAUCAGCUAUGUCUUCUCGUUACAACCUCCCUCCUUUUCUUUUCGUAUUUAAGAUCUGCAACUCUCACCUCUCCGGCCAAGCCUUGAUCGGCGCCAACCACACCUCCGCUCGAUUCUGCUCCCGCUAAACCACUCCCCCCCCCCUCCUCUCCAAUACAACACAAUUUUUCUGAGAAUUUUUUCGACUGCGAAAUUUUCCGUGAAUUUAUAGACGAUAUGGAGCCUAAUACAGUUAAGCCGGGGUUCCUGAAGAACACUCUGGUGCGGUGUUUCCUGGUCGGCGUCGUCAUGGUACUGUUCCGGUUCGCUUACGUCAUCACCGUCACCGGCGAGUCGUGUAAAGUCGGCAACUUUUGCUUUCUUAAUCUUCCGGAGAAUCUCAACUUCGUCAUCGCCAGCACCGGAGCUUCCGCGGCCGUGGCAGCGGACGGCGCCGUUUCGAGGAGUGCGGUGGGGCCGGAGAGGAACGACAUGUACACCAGCAAGGACUGGAUCAAGGCCGUCCAUUUUUACUCCGCCAUUUUCCAAGAUCUGAUCUCGCAAGGGUUUCUGUCGCCGAAAUCCAAGUCUCUGUGCGUGGAAACCCCGACGGGGCAGGAAGUCUACGCCUUGAAAGAGAGCGGCGUCAAGGACGCGGUCGGGAUUUUCAAGAAAGCCUCGAGGCCUUUGGUGAUUCGCGGCGAGGCGCACCGGAUGCCGUUCGCCGAUAACUCGUUCGACUUCGUUUUCUCCGGCAACGGCCGCCUCGACAAGUCGCCGAAGGCGGCGGAGUUCGCGGCGGAGAUUGUACGGACGCUCAGGCUCGAAGGGUUUGCGGUGGUCCACAUCGGAGCCAAGGAUACUUAUAGCUUUCAUUCUUUUAUUGAUUUGUUCAAUUGCUGCAAGUUAGUUACUUCACGCGACAUCGACGGCUUUAAUUCGUCGAUGCCGCACAUACGUGAAAUGGUGUUGAGGAAGGAGUGUGGUGCUACUAAUGAGGUUGUGAAUUCCGGUGGAAAUUCCGGUAAUAAGUGCUCGGUUCCGGCGCAUAAGCUUGAGUUGGUGAGGAAAGCGGAGCCAAUUAUUCAAAUUGAGCCAAUGAAGCCGUGGAUUACUUUGAAGAAGAAUAUACAGAAUGUGAAGUACCUUCCGUCGAUGGCGGAUAUUAGCUUUAAGAGGAGGUAUGCUUAUGUUGAUGUUGGAGCUAGGAGCUAUGGUUCGAGUAUUGGUAGCUGGUUCAAGAAGCAGUACCCGAAGCAGAAUAAGACAUUUGAAGUUUUCGCUAUUGAGGCUGAUAAGAUUUUUCAUGAACAGUACAAGCUGAAGAAGGGGAUUACUUUGCUGCCGUAUGCUGCUUGGGUGAGGAAUGAGACAUUGUCGUUUGAGAUUAAUGGAGACCCUGGCGAGAAGGUGAAGGAGAAAGGUAGAGGAAUGGGGAGGAUUCAGCCGGUGAAGUCGGUUAAUGGGGGGUUUGAUGGUGAGGUGGAUAGGAUCCAGGGGUUUGAUUUUGCGGAUUGGGUGAAGAAUACUUUCACAGAGAAGGAUUUCGUCGUGAUGAAGAUGGAUGUGGAAGGGACGGAAUUUGAUUUGAUUCCGAGGCUGUUUGAGACCGGAGCAAUUUGUUUGAUCGAUGAGGUGUUUCUUGAAUGCCAUUACAAUAGGUGGCAGAGGACACGCCCUGGUGAGAGAAGUGCAAAGUAUGAAAAAACUUAUGGCCAGUGCUUGGACUUGUUUACUUCACUAAGGCAAAGUGGGGUUCUUGUUCAUCAGUGGUGGUGACAUUACAGGUUUCUUUGAUUCUAGUCAUACAACAUUUUCUUUUGUAAUUUUGUUUUACAGAGAAAAACUCAAAAAGUAGUUUCAUGGUUGUAAGAAUUGCAGCUGAAAAUGAAAGUUUCAUUACUUCUUUUUAGUCUAGAAGAGAACUUGUUUACCUCAUUACCAGACAGUCUCUAUUUGUUAACUCGACUUGAUUUGUGUUUAA